AUGGAGGUAUCCACAUUCUUCACGCGUCUCCUCCAGGCGCCAAAGCCGGCUGCAUCAGCCCAGGCCCCCGACGACGUGGCCGAUUUCGACACUGCAUGGACAGCACUCAAGGACACACUCGAGCAUCCCGAUGAGCGCCAGCUCGCAAGAGGAAUCGCGGUCACCGACGUCCCGCGCCAGCUCAAGCACCUCGUCGAUGCGCUCGUGUACGAAGGCAACAGGGUCGAUGAAGACACUACAGGUGCCUGUCUCGAGUAUUUUCUUCGACUCGACAUUCUUGCCCAGCUCGAGCGACUGAGUGAGCGCGACCGGCCACGCGGUGUGAAGGCCGAGGUCCUGCGCGCGGUCAACAACCUUGUCGUCCUCCUGCCCGAACGCUUCCUGGUACACAAUGCCGUCCACAGGCCUCUACGCCGUCUGCUGCGCAACUGUGUCGGUGACGCGCCGGUCGAAAAGGUCGACGGCGAGGCGCGAGUGCUUGGCGCAGCGGCAGCCGAGGACCACGAUAACAGUGCCCUGGACGAGGAUCUCGUCGACCUGAUGUGUAUCAUCUGCUCGCGGAUGCGUGCAUACCCGCCUCUACUCCUCAUCUUCUUCCACGACAAGGGCUGGCUCGUCCCCCACGCUUCGUCCGGAGCGCCUCCCCUUCCUGCUUCCCCACCAGCCGCGACUGCGACUCUUGACCCGGCACGCGCGCUUUCCCCUGCUCCGUCGACAAAGACUGGCAUGUCGGCAGCUUCAGCUGCAUCAGCGGACCCAACAGCCACGCACUUUGAGUUUUUGCUGUUCAGCUACCUGCUGCGCUUUGUGCACCGUGAGGGCCGAACAGGCGACUUUGCGCGCGCAGGUCUGUUAUUCCUCUUUGACAUUGCCUUCCUCACUGGCGAAGAGGGCGACGGCCUGAGCAUGACUCCAGGCGUCGACGGUGUCGACCCGUUGCAAGACGCCCGAGACGCUCUGGCAGAGUACAUUCUCGAUGGGGACUUUGCCGACGUCAUGGCCGCAGGACUCGGUGCGGCCUACUCUGUUCUUCCUUCCAAAGUGCGCGUGCCGAGCUUGGCCGAGCAGGCCAGGGAGGACCCAGAGCUGGACAGGAGCGGAGGCAUGCAGCUUGGCGCCGAUGUGGAAGAGGACGACUUUGACCUGCCGUCGUCUGCCGACUUUGAGGUGCGCGCUCAGCUGGACCUCCUCCUCAAGCUCUUCGGCUUCCUCCAGGACAUUCUCUACCGCUGUCGGUCACCCGUCCUGCAUGCCGACCCCAUGGCGCGGACCGUGUCCUCAGCCCAGGUUCUUGGACCGGCAGUCGCAGAUGCGGCACUGGACGCGAUCCAGACGGCGUUUGUUGACAAUGUCCUCUACCCUUCCAUUCUCGAAUGCUCCUCUUCGGACGGUUCGGCAGUGGCCGUCUUGACGUACCUCGACGUCCUGUUAGCCAACCUCGAAGACGGCCCGGUCCUGCAGCGCGUCCUCGAGGUGCUUAUGGACGCCGACGCUGCGGUGCCAGUGUUCUCGCCCCAGUCAAAGAAGAAGCACCGCAAGACGGGUGCGAUGGACUUUGUCACGCCCACAACAGGCCACCCAGAGUACUACCACAGCGAGGGCCGGUUCACACUACGUGACCUCGUGCUCGAUAACCUGCGGUCGUCGGUCUCGGAGGCAAGUACUGCCGCGCUGCAUCUCCUCUCCACGCUCUUGAGCGACCAUUGUCGUCGUGUCACCCCCAUGCUCCUCACUGUGGUGCGCGAACCCAUGGCCACGGCACUCGCCCGACGAACCCUCCCACCAGCUGGCGCCGAGGACGGUCCGAGCCCGCUGCCAAUGCCCGUCAACUCCACCGACGUCCACCUCCAAGAGCCAGAGCUGUACGGCGCUCUCGUUCCUCGUCUGGACGAGGGUGUGCCCAUGGGCAUCGACACUGCUGCGGGCUUUGCCUCGUACCUCACCGACGCCCAUGCCGUUCUGGAGACUGACGGAUGCUGGCUUGCUGCGCGCAUCCCACUUCAGUUUGUCCAGGAUGACGGCAAGCCCGCCCUCUUGCGUGUUGGCGAAUACGACCAAGACCCUCUUCAGCACGCCUUGUCGCCCUCCGACCCCGUGGUGCGCCAGAUCCUCUCCGACCUGGCCAGCUGGUUUACCGCGUCGCCCGAUAAGAAUGUCGCCCUUACAGGAACCAUUUCGUCUCUCAUCCAGUGUCCCAACCGCUCGCUGGCAGGCUGGCUGCUGUACAAUGUCCCCGAGGUGGACCCAUGGCAGGCUACCGACGACGCGACGUCGGAAGUCUCGGUAGGCGAAAGGGGGGCGCGGUCCGCCUCUCGUGAAGACGCACCAGCACAGACUUUGCCGGCAGUCUACCAAAUCCUGCGCGAGCUUGUCCGCCAUGUCGGCCAGUUCCGCGGCACGGUGGAGGGCUUUGACCGUCUCCUCGCCGAGAGGAGACAAGGUCUGCUGUUUGCCGACCACCUACAAGAGGCCAUGAGCGUCAUGCUCGAGGCGGACGUGACGUCGCCGCCAUACUCGCCGCGUCUGGGGUUCCCCCAGGCCUCCAGGAAACAGUCUGGGCUGGCCACGUCGCUCAAAACAUGGCUGUCGCCCCGGAAGAAACCCAGUACACCCUCUCUGGCAUCGCCUGCAUCUGCACCUACACCUCCGCCGCCUGCACCGGACUUUGGUGGGUCGCCGGCCACACCGGGCACGCCCAGCACGCCCAGCCGGCCCCGGAGCGGCACCAUGUCGGGCGAGCCUGGCGGUAUCAUCACUGCGCCAGACCACAACCUCCCCUUCAAGUCGCACUACGCCCAAGUGGCCGACGUCGGCCACCUUGAAGUCGAGACGGUUGCCGGAGUGUCGUCGGGUCCGUGGGCGCCACGCAUGACGCCGUCCCUCUCGCUCCCGAGCACCCCGCGCUUCGGAGACGAGGCCUACCUGGAGGAUGUGUCGCCCACGUCCCCGACCGAUACAGUCACACGGACGACCCAGUCGACCGUCAGCGUCGUCCUGGACAACUGUAUCGUGCUGGAGGAGCUCAUCAAGGAGCUCGUGGCGCUCAUCACUGCGCGGAGGGCGCUGGGGAUCGAUCAGGUGGGAUUCGUGUAG